AUGUCCCUUCUGAACAUCAGCUCCGACGAAGAACUCGAACUGGUACUGAAAGGACAAAAAUGGCAGCCUUGUCCUCCCUCAACAGAAGAUGUUCUGGCCACCGGUGACCAAUGGAUCUUCAUCACCAACCACGAGGCCUCUGUCAAAUCCACAAAAAUCAAGGAGAAGGUCACCUUUGGUGCCAUGGCCUCAAUGGCCAAUGCCUUCAAACCCUCAGCGGGCGAGUUCUUCAUCCAGACCAUUCCCAAACAGUCCUCUUGA